AUGGAACGCUGCGAACUACCUUACUCGCCAUUUCGAUGGCCGCAAGACAGGGACUUGACCCUGAUCUUUUGGAACAGGGUGCCCUGGCGCCUUGGGCCUCCAAAUGGUCAGGUAUGGGUGAGGUUCCCCGCUCGGGUAGUACGGUUAUCCGCCACGGUGCCCGACGAUGCCUCUACUUUGGCAUCAGACAUCAGUCCUGAGGUAGGGAUCUGGCCCAUGGACGAGGCCCGAUCCCCAGCGUCUCCGCCCAAGUCGGAACAUGAGCUACCGCAUUGGGAAAAGUCACUGGUAGAUAUGGGCAGAUUCCGCCUCACCCGAUCUGAGUCUGAAAUCGACCAGGAAGAGAAAUUGUUGUCAGCGGACUUCGUGAUGGAAGACACACCAUCGGAAUUAGACAGCAUUCGGUCAGAAGAUGACGCCAUGUCCGAAGCCAAUGGCACCUCAUCAGAGGCCGACGGUAGCAUGUAG